ACCGAGCGCGACCGACGAUGGCGUUCAAGGACGACGUGGUCGCCUACUACCAUCUCUGCGUGCCCGUCGUCAUCGUGGCGAGUCUCCAGCUGCAGUGUCUCUUCUUGGGCGUGUGCCCCGGCGCGCAUAGCCCCCUCCUCUUUGCACCGGGUGUGCCAAGCGCGAUCUUUGGCGUCUCGCUCGCGUCAGCGACGCUUCUGCUCGCACUGGCGCUGCUGCCGUCGCCGCGGCUCCUCCACGCCAUCGUGUCGGCGACAGCCGCCGCGAGCCACUUUGUGCUCGCCUCUCUCUGCCUGCACAUGGUCGCCACCGCCGCGGACGCGAGUGCCGUCGCUUGGACAUCCGGGAGCUCGACGCUCCACGCGACGUUCCAAUCGCCCGAGAACCUGCGCGCCGCCAUGUUGGCACUGAACGGCGCUCUCGCCGGCGUCCAGCUCGUCGUCGUACUCGUCGUGAGCUGCAACAUUGUCAUCUACGGCGUGCAGCUCGUGUCCUACUGUCUCUCCAAGUGCACCCUCGUCGCGUAAUGCUAGUAUAGAACCGAAAAACAGCU